CCUGUCGCCAGCAAAUAGAGACUUCCUUCGUCUAAAGCCCUCGUGUUCUCCCGUCUCUCCGAGUAGGGUACCGCGGGGGCGAUGGAUCGGUGGGCUAUGGCGCCGGCAAUGCUGAUCGCCGCCACAGGGUUCUGCUCGAUCUUCUUAUUUCGAUGCGUUACCGCGCAGCAAACUAAUGUCACCGAUCCGAGAGAAGUGAGCGCACUCAGGGCACUGGGCACCUCGAUUGGCCUGUCCCCGCCGUGGGAUUUCAGCGUGGAUCCUUGUAGCGGUGCCGCGGGAUGGGGUGAGGAUACCGGCACGAAUCAGUUCCGGAGGCGCAGCGCGAUUCAAUGCGAUUGCUCCAUUGGAAGUGACGGUGUCUGUCACGUAACUAGGAUAGCGAUCGUAAGCAUGAACGUGAGAGGCCAAAUUCCUCCAGAGAUUGGAAACUUUCCCUACAUGAAUGAUUUGAAUUUCCAAGCCAACCUGAUAACCGGUGUGAUCCCAGAUGAGAUCGGUUUACUCUCCAACAUGGAACAUUUAACUGUCGCAUCGAAUAGACUUUCGGGGCCUAUUCCAGGAACCAUGGGAAAUCUUACUCGACUGUUGACACUGAGUCUUGCUGUCAACAAUUUUUCAGGAACUCUUCCGCAGGAAAUUGGUAACCUGUCUUCACUGACCGAGCUGUACUUAGACUCUACUGGUCUAGGCGGGGAGCUCCCACCAGCCUUGAGAAAUUUGCGAAGGCUCCAGACACUAAAUAUUUUCGACAACAACUUCAAUGGCUCGAUACCGGACUUCCUUGCAAACAUGUCUAGUCUCCAAGUUUUAGCUAUGUAUGGGAACAAAUUCACUGGUCCGCUUCCUGCAUCUCUUGCCAAUCUUACAAACCUGAGAGAAUUAGAACUGGGAGAAGUGUCAGCUGGAGGCUCAAUACCGCCUAGCUACAAUCGUUUGACUUCUCUAACAAAACUGUCCUUAAGGAACUGUCAGCUAUCUGGUUUCAUACCUGACCUGGGAAAUCUUACCCAGCUCACACACUUGGAUUUGAGUUUCAACAAUCUGUCUGGGACAAUUCCAGCAUACUUAGCAUCUAUUGAUAGUCUUAGCAGACUUUUCUUGGGAAGCAACAAUCUAACUGGAGGCCUUCCGAACCAGCUAUCGAGGAUCGUCGACUUAGAUGUAUCGUUCAACAGGCUCACUGGACCUUUUUCUCAAAUGAGCGAGUAUGUGUUUUUUCUUUGCAACAUGCUAUUAAUUUUUCUAAACGUGCACAGGAAUGCUACCAUUAUUGGCAAUCAGUUCCAAGUUAAUAGAACUCAAGGACAAAAUGUGAAUGCUGCUACAUGUAUACAGGAUAUAGCAAACUGCGGCAAUGUGAACCAAAGAAACAAUUUUCAAUUCGCCAUCAACUGUGGUGGACCUCAGAUCACUUCAGAUGGGACAGAUUUUAACGCAGACAUGCAAAGUUCUUUGGACGGGGACUUCUAUUCAACGGGAGGAUGGGUAACUAGCAGCUCUGGUUUUGCGGAAUCCUUUCAAGAUAACCCCACUUGGUUUCAAAGCAUAGAAGGCUCGGCUGGUCAGCAAGCUGUACUGUAUCAAACCGCCAGAACUGCGCCAACAUCCUUGAAGUACCUCGGAGUUGGGAUGCAAAGUGGCUCAUACACAGUACACCUCCAAUUUGCAGAGAUUAUCAUCGGCACUGGCCAGGAUGGACCAGGAGUGGGUAGACGGUAUUUUGACAUCUUUAUCCAGGGGGACAGGAAGCUCAAAGAUUUCAACAUAAGGGAAGAAGCGAAUGGGUCUCUUAGAGCUUUGACAAGGAGCUUCACUGCCGUUAAUGUAUCUAACGGCGUUCUCGACAUUCAUCUUCUUUGGAUGGGAAAAGGAACUUGUUGUGCUCCAUUCAGAUCUUUUGGUCCUCUGAUAUCCGCAAUCCAAGUUCUACCUGAAUUUGAAACUGGUGGCGCGAGUCAGAGCGAAAACAGUUCCAGAGGCGUAAAAAUAGGUGUUGGAAUCUCCGUGCCACUCCUGGUGCUCUUUGUGGUUUCCGGUUAUUUGUUGUGGAGGAAACGACACAGAAAGAACUUAGAGAACGACGAUGAAGAGCUCAAACUUCUAGACGGAAAGCUGCAUAUGUUUUCUUACAAUGAAAUAAAAAACGCUACGGCAGGAUUUGACCCCGCGAGAUUGUUGGGAAAAGGAGCAUUUGGCAAGGUCUACAAGGGGGUAUUAUCUGAUGGUACGUUAGUAGCGAUCAAGCAGCUUAAUAAGAUGGGCGACAACACGGGCGAUUUCGUGAACGAGGCCACACUUAUCUCCACAGUGCAGCAUCGCAAUCUAGUCAAGCUCUAUGGAUGCUGCACCGAAGGAAACAAUUGGAUUCUUGUUUUCGAGUUUAUGGAAAACAACAAUCUGCAUCAGGCGCUCUUGAGUAAGUACUUUAAUCUAGUGCUUCCCUCAUCCUCCAUGUAUUCUGUAGGUCCCUCGGGGCGAAAUAUACACCUCAGCUGGCCAACUCGCUUCAACAUAUGCAUUGGAGUCGCAAGAGGGCUCGCCUACUUGCACGAGGAGUCAUCACCGCGUAUUAUACAUCGAGACAUCAAAGCUACCAAUGUACUUUUGGAUCAAGCUCUGGUGGCAAAGAUAGCGGACUUUGGUUUGGCAAGGCUCUUCGAAGAUCAUCAGUCUCACAUCAGUACGAGGGUUGCCGGAACAAUGGGAUACCUGGCUCCAGAAUACGCCCUGAGAGGCCAGCUGACCGAGAAGGCAGAUGUCUACAGCUAUGGAGUUUUGGCACUAGAAAUCGUGAGCGGAAGAACCAAUCUGGACACCACCAGUGAACACAUGACCCAUCUUCUCGAUCACGCAUGGGAUCUGUACCAAAAUGAUAAGCUACGAGAGCUCCUGGACAAAAGAGCGGAUGAUGCGGACGAAGAACAAGUUCUAAGAACGAUCAAGGUGGCGCUUCUUUGCACCCAAGCGACAGCAUCACAGCGUCCAGCAAUGUCCAAAGUUGUGGCGAUGCUCACUGGCAGCGAGGAGGUGAAGGUGAGCUCCUUGCUCCCGGGAUACUUCAGCGCCAUGGACAUGGUUCCGCGGAUGCGAGAGCUGCUAAGCAAAGACCGAGAGAGCCGAGAGAGCCGAUCGAGCAAAGAUCCUAGCAGCAGUGCAAGCAGCAGCGCGAUCGGGACUGACUCGCCAUGGAGAGGAUCUUCCUCGGCAAACAACGGUAUACUUCCAAGGUAGAGUCUCCAUCUCUCGAGUUUUGAGCUUCCAGGAUGAUGCGAAGGACUUUACAAUAGUACUCCAAGUUUUGAGCUUCCAGGACGAUGCAAAAUACUUCCACAUAUCUCUCGAGUUUUGAUUACAACAGUAUACUUCCAAUGUAGAGUGGAAAGAAGCUUCAUAUAUGAGCUUUAUCAGCGAGAUAGAGAUAAAGAUUGUGGGCGGUAAACCUAAACUGUAUAGCGAAAAUGCUGUAGAGAUGGCAGGAAUAUGCCCAGCCCCGGCAUCUCGAAAGAAAGCAUCGAUUCUUUAACCAUUAAA